AUGGCGGGCCGCACGGUGCGGGUGCAGGGCUUCCCCGCCGAGCUGCCCCCCGACAGGGCGGCCGACAAGCUGACCAUUCACUUCCUGCGCUCCCGCAACGGCGGCGGCGACAUCGCCAACGUCCGGGUGCUGCCCGGCUCCCUGCCCUGCGCCCUCAUCACCUUCGAGGCGCCGGAAGUGGCCCAGAGGAUCCUGCAGGUGAAGAACCACGUGCUGGCCAUUGGGAAGACACAGUACCCACUGGAGGUGACGCCCCACGCUUCAGAGCUGAGCCCCAAUGAGAUCUUCAUACACGUGAGCAUGACGAUUGACUAUGGCAAGCUGCCCACGGGCAAAACCCUCCUGAAGGACUUGCACAAAGAGUACAGCAAUGUACACUUCAGCUUCGACUCCAAGAACAUGCAGUGCAUAGUGCAGGGCCCGUUCACUGAGCUGCAGACCUUCAGCAGAGACCUUCUCAGCAGCCUGAACCUCAAGAACCAGGCCAGUGGCCAGAUCCUCCUGCCAGCUUCCAGCUGUGGGGCCAAGGAGAUGGGAAUGCCUGAUCAGCAGCAAGUGCCUGACUCCACUGAGCCAGCCCAAGAGGCAGCAAAGCUGCCAGAUUGCGACCAGGUGCAGGAAAUGGCAGCUAAAGAACCAUCACCUCAGAGCCCAGUGGGUGAGGAAGCUGUGGAACUUUUGGGGAAGCUGGAGGACUUUUCCCUCGCCGUGGACUCGGACAUUUACUUGUACAUGCAGAGGUUCUGUGCUGCUGAGUACCAGGGUGUGCUGCAGCAGCACCACGUGGAUGUGGUGGAUGUCAGUGGCGAUGGCAUUGCUGUGUUGUACCUCCAGCCAUCUGGAGGAGUGUCUGGGGACACAGAGGCCUUGAGGCAGGCCCAGCUGGCCCUGCAGCAGCUCUACCAGCAGCUGGAGGCGAGCCUGCGCAAGGAGAAGAUCGCUAAGAAAGGGCUGGGGAUGGACAGCCAGCUGCUCUGCCAUGAGGACGUGAAGCAGCUUUAUCUCGUUGGAAGCCUGGUUGAUGUGUGCAAGGCCAAGCAGUUCCUUGAGGAUUGUGUCACCAGGAGAAGUGCUGCGCGCACGGUUGACACGCUGAGCAGCUCCCAGCCCUCUGGCACCACAGAGGCUGCACCACUCCUGGGCAAACCUCCUGUGCAUCCUUCACCCACAAGGCUCAGCCCAAGCAAGCAGGAGCAGAAAGGUGAGUUCAAGCUAGCUGCCAGCUUCAGCACCCUGAAAGCUGACAGGUCUCAGGCUGGCCAGGACCUCUUGGUGAGUCAGGACUCUCCAGCAGUGGCACAGGUGCAGCUUUCUGGGAAACAUUCAUUAGAGACAGAUGUUCCUGGUCAGAGUGACCCAAGGGCACUGAGCCAGCAGUAUCAGCCUCCCACCCCUAUGGCAGAUAAAGUUCUGGGGUCAGCAGCAGAGCCUCAGCAGAAUGACCCCACAGAAAGGGACCAUGUGGAAGGAGGUGCCAGACUCACAGGAGAAAAGGUGCUGAUGCCUGUUGCAGGCAAAGAAAACAGCACUUUUCAGCAUGCUGAGGACUCUAAAGGCUCAGGUCCCUUUGGGUACCACUCCCUUGCUGGCAUCUACAGCAACUGUGAUGUGACAUGGACCCCUUUUGCUCUAGGCUGCAAACCCUCAGCAUCCAGCCCUGUGCUGAGACGGUCCAACAGCUUCUCCCUGUCGAGGUCAAAGGAAAGCAGCAACUCUGGAGACAUCAGCAGGGUGAGCGAGGAGAUAAGCCUGGACACUCUGCAGUGGUUUUACCUGAAGGAUGUGUGCCAUGCUGCUAUUGAUGAGCUGUGCAGGGCCGGAGGGGUGCACAUCUCGGAGCGCCACGCCGGCGACUGCACGGUGCUGAUGCUGCAGGCAGAGGACAGGAGAAGGCUGCUCCAGGCUAAAUGGAAGGUGGAAGAUCUAGUGCAGAAGUGCCCUGACUUGGUGUGCCAGAGUGUGAGCUACUCAGAGCUUGCUGUCAGUGGGCCAGAUGACAGUGACCUGAGUGAACUGUGCAGCCUCUUGCGGGGAAAAUCCUUCCAGGUUGGACUCAGCAAAGACAAGUACAAGCUCUACCUUGCCUGCCCCAAGGAGAUGCUGCCAGGAGUGAGUGAGGCCUUCCACAUGUUUUCCUCUAGGAGGCUCUGUGCCAUGAAGUCUUCAUCCCUGUCUCCUGGACCAGAGAGUACAGGGAAACUGAGUGUCAUCCAGCCAAGCAGAAGCCAGGACCCAGUGCUGGAUGUGGCCCUUCCUGGUGGCCUGAGUUCCCCACAGCACCUGAACAUCAUCAAUAAAAUGGACUCUCCACAUGUGCUCAGGGCUUCCUGGCUGCCAGAGGCUGAGGAAAAGGCGUCCCCCAGCCCUUGGAGGUACCAGCAGGCUUGGGGGCAGGAGGAAGCCAGGGGCUGUGUUGAUUCUGGGGCUGGCAGACGAGGAAGCAGCCUGCUGAGCCUUGGCACAGGGGAUAAGCAGAGCCCUCCUGGCCUGAGGGAGUUCCAGGAACAGCGCAAGACAAAACUGACCCUGGGGGAGCCCGACAGCCCCCGGCUGAAGCAAGUCUUGCCAGACAGGUUCCAGUUUGCAAGAGACAAGAGCAGAGGAGGCCACAACGAAGCAAUGGGACAGCAGCACUGUCCAGUCCCUGCAGCUGAUGAAACUCCUCACUCUAUGCCCACCUGGCUACCCAGGGCUGUGGCUGCUGAGCCAGCACCAGCUGUGGCCCAACAGGCACCUGCAGCAGAGCCCACAGAGCAGGGAAGGGCCCAGCUCCCAGGGGGCAGGAGCAACGAGCAGGAGGAGCCUGAGCUCCCAUCACAGCAGAGAAGAGAGCCCAGCCUUGGCCAGGAAAGCAGCACCAUCCCUCUGGAGCAGUGUGAUGCUUGCCAGGCCUCAGGGGUGACCUGCCAGGGCUCCUGUGGUCACGCCUUGUGCAGGACAUGUUUUGCAGCAGACAGUUUGCAGCCAGCUUGCUGUGACUCCUCCUCAGAUAUGCCAAGCUGCAAUAUCCUGGGGACACUGAAGAUCUCCUCCCUGUCCCAGAGCCUGCCUGGAUUCUAUCCGGACUCAACAUUUCAGCUUGCUUACAACAUCCCUGAUGGAGUGCAGGGGGUUGGGGACCCUCGCCCAGGACACCCUUACAAAGGGGGGAAUUUUUGUGCCUUCCUGCCUGAAAACACAGAAGGGGUGAAGAUAGCAAAGCUGCUGAAGAGAGCGUUUGAAUGUGGGCUGACAUUCCAGAUCAAGUCCUGCAAUGGAGAGGAAAGAGUAACAUGGGGCCCUAUCCCCCACAAAACCUCCUGGGAUGGAGGCAAAGCCAGGAAUGGCUACCCAGAUGCCCAGUACCUCCAUGAGGUUGGCACAGUCCUCAAUAAACUGGGCCUUGUGUGAUUCUCCCACAGCCUGUGGCUUCCCUUCACCUUCUUUUCCUGCUGAGAACUGCAGCUUCACAGAGACAGCUCAGGAAGAAGCAGGUGUUUGUUGAAAGAGCUCCUGCUUUCCCCACACGUAGCCAGAACUCUGCACUUUAGCAAAGAGCAGCACCUCUGUCCCUGCCCCAUGCAGGCCUCAGUGCUUGCCAGAAACUCCAGCUCCUCUUGGAUGCAUGCCCUGAAAUCACAGAGCUGAUUGCAGCCUGAGUGAGCCCUGUUUGGCUUCCAGCAGCAGACACAAACCUGGGCAGGAGUUUGCAUCUCAUCCAGCCCCAGCUUCUGGAAGUUUCUUCCACCUCCUGCCACUACAGAGGUUCCAGCUCAGCUGCUGCCAGAGCUGGGGCUGGAGAUGAGCUCUCCUUAGUGUCAGC